UAGACACGUGUGCAGAUGAUCUGCAGUUGUUCGAGGAGUAAGUGGUAUCGGUGUAACAACAUUUACUUGUCGUGAGCUAUGAAUCGGUUCUACUUGUUGGCGAUUUUUGCCUCGACAAUUGUUGCCUCGGCGAUUGUUGUCUCAGCGGCUGACCAGAUCAAGCCGAGCUGUCCGUCGGAUCUUGGAUCGAACGGAGUUCAGUUCAUCCCUCACGAGAAUGAUUGUACUUUGUAUUAUCGAUGCACCAAGACGGGCAAAUAUGAGGAAUCGUGUCCGACCCAUGGCUCGUCGAAAUUAUGUUACGACGACAUACUGAAGAUCUGCAAUUGGGGCGCGAAAGUGUUAUGCUGCAAUCCCUUCCUACCAUCAUCAACAACGGUUCCCGGGCCGACUAUCAUACCAGGAAAUUGCCCAUGGAAUGGUAAAAGACCUCACAAAAACUGUCUGAAGUAUUACGAUAGCGACAACAACGAGGUCUGCUGCUUGGAAAGGCAUGUUUUCAACAGCGAUAUUUGCGAAUGCGAUCUGGCAAAGAACGUGAAGAACUGCAGACCGUCGAUAGAGGACAAGAAAGAGUGCGAUUGGUAGGAUGUUACGAGUUAAUCGUGAUCGGUAAAGGGCGAAGUCAGUUACGCUGGUCUUUGCAUAGUCCUGUUGAGUCGCACAACUCGCUUCGUUUGACGAAGAUCAAUGAUCGUUUUAAGAUUAUUGUACUAAUAAUGCAGAUGCCUGAUACAUUUGCCUAAGAUCCUUUCGAACGUUUCUUACCUUGUCCACAUACAUUCAAUGUACCCGGACCAUCAAAAGUGGUUGUAAUUAAUAAAACUACACGAAACAAAACCCUUGA